AUGUACAAUUGGUGGGCGAGUGCAACUAAUCAAUUCGUGUUGCCCGGGUGUAUGCAGCGGUCAUCUACCUACGGAAACGUCCUCAUCAAGCUCAUCCCUUCUCUUCAACCCACGGUCUGUCGCACUGAGCUUGAUCCUCAGUACAUCGGUCGCAGUCCCAUCUUCCUCCUUUCAUUCCCCCUCUCAAGCGAGAGCAAGGCAUGCCGAGAUCCUGGCAGUGGCCACACUUUCCUUUGCAACGAUCCUCGUGCCAUUGAAGUCGGCGUUCUAACCACAUCGUGCCGCAGUGCUUGCACGGUUGUUCCGUCGUGUCGAGUAUAUCGGCGUGAGACGAGCCGAUACAUUAACCGUGUCCUGGCAGCGAUCGCAUGUCGCGAACUCAACUAUGGCUAG